CCACAGCAGCAUCAUGGUGCUGCACCACAGAAAGGACCCAACACACACACACACCCUUUCUCUCUGACUCCCAGUCUUUCACUAUUGCUGUCCGCGUUGCUCAGUCUCACAUACACGUGCUGCAAGGGAGAUUUGAGCACAGGGUUGCACUCAGAUCAACCCCCCUCCCUUCUCUCUCUCUCUCUGUUCUUCCUCCUUCUUCACUUUCCCUAUUCACCUUGCCUCCUCAGUCUACAUGGUACAUUAUUGCGUCAGAGCCACACAGAUCCUGCAAGAAGCAUGCCAGGGGAGAGCAGUCAUAGAUCUGUCCCCGGCGACAAGCAUCAGGACCUGGGAGAUGAGGAGACGGGGCUUCCGGGACCAGGCAUGACAAGACAUCCAUCUACAGAAUCUACUCCAAGUGAUAGUGGUUCCUCUCCGAACGAUAGUGGAUCGAGCCCGUCUCCCAGCACUCCACAAAAGCUUCUCCCAGGAUCCUCCUCUCCAUUUGGGCCAAGACUAUUUCAUGUGAAACCCAGCUCCUCUGGUACUCCAAGACCACAGCCCGAAGGGUCAGAUAAUCGCAUUAACCCAGCCAGACUAUUGGGAAAACUGGGUGGUCAUGGUCCAUUCAACCGCCACAUUCCUGUUAAGAUGGAACGAAUAAAGGUUCUUACUGGAUCUGAGGUGGAAAGUGACUAUCCAGAGUCACAGACUAUCGACACAAGAGUUGUGAUGGGUGAAGAGACGCUGCUCAAAACAACAGAAGUUCUUCAAGGGGAGGUCCCCACUCAGCCUAAAGCUCAAGCUAUCCCUUUGCCAUAUCUCCCAAGUUUUCCAUGUUCUCAGCUGCAAACAAGAGAGUUAAAACUAGAUAGCAUCAACAAAGAAAUCAGAUCUGAAAUCCCCCAGAAACCAGAGGAUCAGGAAAAGGAACAUGCACAGGACGUAAUUAAAAACAUUUCCUCCCUAUCUCCUAAAUCAGUUACAAAAUUUGAUGAAAUAAAAAAAGACAGCAGAAAAGACAAGGAGACCCUCUCUCUAGAUGAAGUGCCUUCACUCCCUUUUCCAGAGCUGUCUUGUCCAGUUGCGCUGUCCUUUACUGAACCAACCUGUCCCGUUGACCCCCUUCGAGUUGGCAUUCCCUCAUCUAUUGACCCAGAUCUUUACUAUACAGCUCCAUCCACUCCAAUCAAGAUGGCUACUCACUGCUUGCACCUUAAACAUCAUUCCUACCCUGGCUCCCCUGCAUCUCCUCUUUCCCCUGGUACUCCAUCUGACAGUGAAGACCUUUAUUCCCCUCUUACUUCUCCAUCUGGCUCUUACAUAACAGCAGAAGGAGGCAGCUGUAGAUCUUCUUAUACAUCCUCCACCUCCCCAUCCACUUCUCCCAACCUCCUCCUUAUAGAAGAAACACAAGAGGCACCUGCUUGCUUUGUGAGCUCUUUGUCAGAAAUUGGAGAUGAGGUUGCAGAGGAGAGGGGGCGAUUGGUCACAGCACAAGAGGAGGAAAGGACAGAGGACUUCAGUUUGUACCAUCCUGGGGAAUUUGUUAUAAAUUCACAGAUAGAUAUAGCAGAGACCAUCAUUUCUGAAGAUGAUGAUACCCCAAAAGGAGAAGAGGCUAAGAUUUCCAGAACUAGUCGCCCAUGCUGGGUGACAGAGAAUAUCCCCUCUGCAAAAAGCAGUAGCAGCAGUGACUCCCAGGAUGAUGAAGUUGAAUCAGAAAGCUCCUUUUACCCUUUAGAUGAGACAACUGUAAACAGAGCUGGGUACUUUAGACCCACUCAAUCAGGCCUGAAACUAAUUCUUGAGGGUUGCUUAUCAGAAGAACAUUUUAGACAGAUGCAGGCCCACCAAGAUAUCCCCAACUCUGCAUUGACCCCUGACAAAGAGAACAUGGCUAUGGCAUCUUCAAGCCUUGGUCCUGACUCACCAUUCCUUCCCCUGGAUGAUUUCUGCCCUGGAGCAUUCGAAAGGCUUGGCCAAAGCUCCUUCAUGCUCUCACAGGGUGCAUGUUCUGAAGAUAUAAAUGAUGAGGAGAGGAUGAUACCUGCUUCCCUCAUCUCCUUUCCACUUCAUACAAGCCUAAUCUUUAAGGCUGACUCGAUGGAAAUCACCCUUUUCCCUACAGAAGAAGAAAAUGAAAUAGAUGUCAGUGACAGAAAUGAAAGACAAGAUGUUGAUGCGUAUGCUGCAGGAGAGGAAGAGGCAGAUGUAGAAGAUCAUGAUGAAGAUGAUGAACUGGAUCAUUAUGAUUAUCAUAAUGAGGGUGACAAUACUGACUCCAUACCAGAUGAUGGUGAAAGGGAAGAACCUAAUGACAGUGGGGAUGCAAACAGGCAGCCAGAGCUAGGUGAGAAAGCUGAGGUAGAAGUGAAAGCUGUGGAAGAAGAGGAAGAAGGGAGAGAGGAGAGGGAAGAUGAGCUAGAAGAAGAAGAUGAUGAUGAUGAUGUUGACGAUGGAUGUGAUAGCAAAGCUGUGGUAGAUGAAGCUGAGGAAAGCUCAGCAUCCCUCCUUCAUUCACUUUCAGAAAUGUCGAUCAAUGAAGGGUUAGAUGAAUCAUUCUGCUACCAAGAUAACACAGAUGACUCUUUAGAUUCCGCCUCUUAUAAUGGGGAGGAAGAUGAACGACUGUACAGCACUGAGAGACAUGCACAAUCUCUGGAACCUCUACCAGCAGACAGCUCAGAUCUAGCUGAAAUCCAAUCAGAGACUGAACAGGAUCCUUUGCACACACAAGUAAACAUUGUCAAAGAAGAGGAUCAAUCCAAAUCUACUGAUCUGUCUGAAACCAUUGUAGCCCACCCUAAAGAUGACAGCCUACAAUUGGUACCUUGGGAAGUGCCUAUGGGCCCUAAGCCUCAAGAUGGUGUGAAACCUACCAUUAGAGAAAAUGAAAUAAAAAACUCAGAUAGUCAGCAACCACUUGAACCUUCAAAAGUUAACUCUUUCCAACAAGACUUCCAAUCUGAACUUAAUAAUAGAGAUGGGAAAAGCCAAAUAAGUACUGGUGUCUCUUUAAACCCUCUGGCAAAGCCUCUAGAUAACCCCUGUUCUUUUGUAUCCGCUAUUCCUGUUACUAUUCAUACAUCACCUGAUUCUGCAACUGAGUACACUAGUUUUCCUCCUUCUCUCACCUGUGUUGAGGAGAGAAAAAAAGAUUUAGCUGAAGAGAUUCUUAGGGCAAAAGAUGUUGAUUUGAAACUACCUUCAACUCAGACUGAGCACACAAGAAAACCUGAAAGAGAUUCCUUCAAACUGCUCAUAAAGCCUCGUCAGGGCCACUCUGAAAGCCAAAGGACUGUUGGGGCAAGCAGAGUUGCCCUGUCAAAGUCUUUCUGUGGUAAAAACGAUGUGCCCGGUGAAGGAAGAUCUCUUUGUAGGCCAGGUCUUAACAGGGACUCUGAUUUCAAGCUCGAUCAUAGUACUAAGCAUGCCUCAGCUGAUUCAGGGAGCGUAGAGUUUAAAAAAAAGGAUUCUUCUCCACCACGGAAUAUUGUUACUCCUACCAAUGACUUGAAUAAAGGCUUUGUUCUGCUGUCCUCUCCCAAAGAUCCAAAUUCCAACCCGAGUAAUAUCCCUGUUUCUACUUCCCAAGAAAAGAUUUCAGAACUUGGCGAUAACUUAGCCCUCACUCCUGAACACUGCCCAAGAGACUCUUCCCUGGAGAACCUAAGAGAGAAUACUUUAAGUACAGAUGAUGGGGUACUAGGAGCUGUAGGAUCUUUACACUCCCCCCUAGCAAUCUCUCCCAAAAGAGAGAAUUCAGAGACAGAUAUCAGCAGAGAUACAGUUUCUGAAUCUGGGGCGUGGUGUGAUGCCAGAGUUGGUUUAGGUUUUGGUCUUGGAUUUGGAUCAGGGUCAGAGUUUGGUGUUUGGGGUGGGGGGGAAUCACUUUCUUUGUCCCUGGGUAAGAAGUAUGAGUUAGAGGCAGAUAGUCUUCUUAUGUGUGACACAGAAGGCCAAAGAACAGAGACGGCUUUGGUUUCUAACAUGAGCAGUGAACUAUGUGAAAACUAUGACAAUGUUCUUGGUUCUAUUCUAGAUGAGGAAGAUAACAACAGUCAGAGUGGUAAAAAUGACCAAAUUUUGGAUAAAGAGUUGGUAGAAGAGGGAAUAUCAGAGUCCAACUUAGUCCACUGGAAAUCUAUUGAAGAGAUUUCAGAGGCAGGUGGAGGAGAGGACGGAAGUGCCAGAUUUCUGGAGGACAUAAGCAAUUUGAACCCAGGCAAUAAUAAUGAUAAAAAGGAAACACAAAUACAAGACGAUUGGAAGAGUUCGACUGAAUCUGCCUAUGAGUACUUUGAUAAAGGCAUGUAUGGGAGCCUAAAUGCUCUGUCAGGUGAAAUGAGACACCAGAGUGUCAGUGUCACUGCCAAAGAAUCUGUGUCUAAUAUUCCACUUGAAGAGGUGCCACUCCAGAUUUCUGACAGGACUCUUAAAGAAGAAGCAAAACCAUCAGAGGAUCCCAUUAAUAAAAUGGCAGACACAAAGGAUAGUAUUUAUAUAAUCUCAGCAAACAAUAACACUGAUAUGACUGCAAAACCCAAAAAUGCUGAUUUCCUGUAUGAAGCGGAGUCAAGAUAUGACACUAUUCCAGAGCAUCAGUCCAGUUAUGUAGGGAAUAAUGCAUUUUCUUUGCCAGAGGGAUCAUUUGGAUAUUUCCCCCUUAAAUGCAGAUCUAACAUCACUAGACUGAGGAGCACACAUAAAGAUGACACAGAGAUGUUGCAGCAUCAGAGCCACAAUCAAAAAAAUUGUAACAUCAGCCCUGAAAUGAACAGCACUAUGGACGAACCAAAGAUUACUGAUGCCUUUUUACAAAGGCAUGAUGUUGUUUGUUACUCAAUGGAAGAGGGUGCGGAGGUCAAACAAAAACAAAGAGGUGAUGAAAAUAAAAAAAUGGGUGAAAAUCAAAGAAAUCAAAAAAUGUCUUCUGCUACACUGAUUGACUCACAACACUUUGAGAGACUCGUACAAAAAGGCAAACUUUGCACUGAUACACAAGCGGCUUCUGCAAAAGGGAAGAAAAGAAAGCAAAAUAAACUUCGGACAUCUCAGGCAGGUGGUAGCAAAGACUUUAGCCCUGAGCCUGUCCAAGAUCCAAAGCAAUGCUCCACCCAACCAAACUCUACACUAGGGGGAUGCUCAGACGGGUCUCCAGACAUUAUUAAAAUUGAGCCAGACUGCAAAGCUAACAUGUUUUCAUCACCAGAUUUACAGCAAGGAACAUCUGGGCCACACAAAGGUGAAUCCAUUUCAAAGUCGGAGGGACAUAAGUUCAGCAGUACUGACGAAAAAUCUCCAAGACAAGAGCAAUGCAAAUUCAACAAAGGUAGAACAGAUAACCUUAAUGCAAUGAUGUCGAUUAACCAAGACUCACACCAGAAACAAGAAGUACUUGAUAACAGACCAUUGUGUGAUAGUCAGAGAGAAGGAACAGUGGACUUUAAUGACAACAACAUAGACAAUGGCCCCAGCAAACCUCAAAAUAUCACCUCAUACUCUCUGCCCCUGCAAUCCCCACCUUCCUCCCCACCUUGUGCCUCAAUAGAGUCACUGGAUGACCUUUCUACACCUGUCCAGGAAUCCCAGCCUAUCUUCCCAACCCAGCAACAAUCAUUACAGUCCGGGGGUUCAGGAAUCCCCCCAAACACAAAUCCCCAAGUGAUCAAUGAUAUCUUUUUAACACCAUCAUCUAAAAGUGUCUCUUCUCCCCCAAUGCCUUCCAACAUGCCGAUAGCCUUGUCCAAAGCUACCCAAGAAACGGAGAGUCUAGAUUCAGCAUAUGUUACAGAUUAUUCUCAACCAAAUUUACAAUCUGUUGUCAGCACCCAGUCCCAGAAGCAGGUGAAGGAUGAAUUUACCCGGUUAUCCCCAGACAAUUGUAGAGGUACUAGUGUAACUGAAGAGGAACCAGGCAGGGAGGAUUGUUGUGGGGGACUCAAGCAGGAUCACACAAAUAAUCCUAAGGGAGCUGGAGAAGACAGAAAUGGAUCUCUGAAAAAUGAGUCUGGUCCAGCAGAUGAGCAAGAAAUCCAAUCCUUCUCCAGCCACCGCCCAACUGGCACACCAUCAAUCAGCCAUGACCUCAGCAUUUGUGAAGAGAUUGAUCUGUCUGUUAAAAACAACAGUUCCACUUUGGCUUCCUGCAAUGAAUCUGAGAGUGAAGGUUCGAUGCCUGAUCUUGAGGAGCUAGAGCCUCUCAGACCAUCUGAGCCACCAUGUAUUUCCAGUGCAGAUGAUGGCUUGAACAGACCAAAACAAAGUCGCAGUGAAAAGAAGGCACGCAAGGCCAUGUCUAAACUGGGUCUGAAGCCAGUCCAUGGUGUGACCAGAAUUACGAUCAGGAAGUCCAAGAGUAUCUUGUUUGUUAUCAGCAGGCCAGAUGUUUUCAAAAGUCCUAUGUCUGAUAUUUAUAUCGUAUUUGGAGAGGCAAAGAUUGAGGACUUAUCUCAGCAGGCUCACAAAGCAGCUGCAGAGAAAUUCAAGGUGCCUGUCUCCCCCUCUCCAUUGGCUCCCCCUGCUCCACCAAGCCUUACCAUCAAGGAGGAGAGUGAAGAGGAGGAAGAGGAGGUGGAUGACGGAGGUCUGGAGCAGAGAGACAUUGAACUGGUGAUGGCUCAGGCCAAUGUGUCACGAGCCAAGGCCAUCCGCGCACUCAAACACAACAAGAACGACAUUGUGAAUGCUAUUAUGGAGCUGACCAUGUGAAGACAGAGGACAGUUGAUUCCCAGCACCCUUUCUCCUGCCUAUAAAGCCCAAGUACCACAUACUCUUCUCUAUCGCUGCUGCUGUAUGUUGUAUCCCCACUCUGCUCAAUAAAGUCUAAGAAAAGUUCCAGUGUGAACUCUGUAAGCAAUAAGGCUUGUUCUUCCAGGAAGACUCAAAACAGAGCUACAUACAGCAAAACAUGGUGACAAAAUCAUUUUGCCAGGUUUAAACUACAAAUAAGCCAAUAAUGUGAUUUAUGUGUGAUAAACAGUAGUUAAUAACUGUGAACUGGAAAUUUAAAAAGAAAAAUUGUAGAUUAAAUCUAGAUUAAUGCUCCUUUUCCCAAGUUUCCAGACUGAUAAUUCCAUUAACCAUCUGGCUGUACCUUCAGGCUCCAUUAUCCUGUUAGGUUGGAACUCUUACUACAGUCCUAAGUAUUUUGUUGCUUUUAACAAGCAUGUUUCUUUACCCUCCCCGUUAUGGGCAGCCACAGAUUGGUCGGAUUGAAACUAUAUCAUGCUCUUUUCCAUUUCUGUGUAAUUUUCAAAUAUUGUUUUGUAACCUUCCUUUAAAUUUCCCCACUUCCUUCCCAUAGACUUGUGUCUGCUGUGUUUCUACUACGCUCUUGGUUAAUGUCCUCUGACAAACCUCUAAGGCCUUUAAUGAACAGGUUAAGUUAUAGAUU